CCGCGGGGCAUGAUGGGGGAGGUGGAGAUUUCCAUCAUGGCGGCUUCCAUUUCGGGCUACACCUUCAGCGCUGUGUGUUUUCACAGCGCCAACAGCAACGCCGACCACGAAGGGUUUCUGCUGGGAGAGGUAAGACAAGAGGAGACGUUCAGCAUCAGUGACUCACAGAUCAGCAACACAGAGUUUCUGCAAGUAAUUGAAAUUCAUAACCAUCAGCCCUGCUCAAAACUUUUUAGUUUUUAUGAUUAUGCAAGCAAAGUGAAUGAAGAGAGUUUGGACAGAAUCCUUAAAGAUCGGAGAAAGAAAGUUAUCGGGUGGUACAGAUUCCGUCGAAACACCCAGCAACAGAUGUCCUACAGAGAGCAGGUUAUCCACAAGCAGCUCACCCGCAUCCUCGGUGUGCCAGACCUCGUCUUCCUUCUCUUCAGCUUCAUCUCUACCGCCAACAAUUCUACUCAUGCUUUAGAAUAUGUUCUCUUUAGACCAAAUCGCAGGUAUAAUCAAAGGAUAUCACUUGCUAUUCCCAAUCUAGGCAAUACUAGCCAGCAAGAGUACAAAGUGUCUUCAGUGCCAAACACUUCUCAAAGUUAUGCCAAAGUUAUUAAAGAGCAUGGUACUGACUUUUUUGACAAGGAUGGAGUCAUGAAGGACAUCAGGGCAAUUUAUCAAGUUUAUAAUGCACUUCAGGAGAAAGUACAGGCAGUAUGUGCAGAUGUAGAAAAGAGUGAGCGAGUUGUCGAAUCUUGUCAGGCAGAAGUGAACAAAUUAAGAAGACAAAUCACUCAGAAGAAAAAUGAAAAGGAACAAGAAAGAAGAUUGCAGCAGACCCUGUUAAGCAGACAGAUGCCAUCUGAAAAUCUGGAGCCAGCAUUCAGCCCUCGGAUGCCCUAUUCUGGGUUUGCAGCCAAAGGGAGAAGAACUGCAGCAGACACCGAGCCCUCUGAUCCUCCCCCACCUUAUUCUGAUUUUCACCCAAACAAUCAAGAAAGUACCCUGAGCCAUUCUCGCAUGGAAAGGAGUGUCUUCAUGCCUCGGCCUCAAGCUGUGGGCUCUUCCAACUAUGCUUCCACCAGUGCCGGACUGAAGUUUUCUGGAAGUGGAGCAGAUCUUCUUCCUUCCCAGAGAGCAGCUGGAGACAGUGGGGAGGAGUCAGACGACAGUGAUUAUGAAAAUUUGAUUGACCCUGCAGAGUCCCCUCAUAGUGAAUACUCACAUUCAAAGAAUUCACGGCCCAUGACACAUCCCGAUGAGGAGCCCAGGAACACUCAGACCUCCCAGAUUUAAGUAAACAAAUGACACUCUCUCCACUUGGCACUGCUUUUCUUAAUGGCUUAUUGAGAGUUCGUUGAGGACCUAAUCUGUGGGGAGAACUGCUUUCUCAGAUGCCGGGGCUCCUGAGUGGAGCACCCCAUGCUCAGAACCCUCAGAAUCCUCUGUCCACUGGUCCUCACCUCUGGGUGCAGUGCAUGGGUUCACAGCAGAAUCAUUACGAUAAUCAAAUUGUCCUAAUUCUGGUGCGAUUCAUGGAUGUACUAGUAAAUUUAGGCAGAGUGAAACUCCUCAGUGUAGUCUGUUCUUUAAAUUGGAGAUCAGAGACUAAGCACAAUUAGUCUAUAAAUACUCUGUAAGUCAGAAACUUACCUCUGCACUAUCAUGCCUUGAAAUUUGCUUUUUCAAAGGGAAAUGAGUUUAGCAGCAGCCUUCAAAGAACUUUCUAUGAUGAACCAAAUUCAUCUUUGCCAGAAAAUAAAUUUUGUUAAUUUCAAGAAGCCUGAUUGGAAGAAGUCAGUCACUGCUUCUCCUGUCUGCAUGACUUUGUAAGAUGAGAGCGGGCUUUGUCGCAACCUUUUUCUACUAGCCUGAUAUGUAUUGUCACUUAAAAUGGUUGCCUUUUUAAAAAUGUAGAAACACUAAUCCCAGUGAGUCCUCAUCCAGAUCAGUGUCACGAAGUCAGUUUCUUUCUUCUGGUGUCCAGCAGCGACUGCUACCCUGCACUAACACACUUGGCCUCUGUUCUGGAGUCUUCGAGGAAAGCCACACGGCAGUGGAUGGCAAAAAGGAGUGAGAUGCCAGGCCUGAGUCUGUGGUGAACAGAUCACAGAUGCAGUGGAUUUAGCUGAGUUCCUGUGUAAGACAUGCAGUACACUUAGGUCUGGCAGAUCUGGGGCUGGAUUUGUGGAGGAAGGACAUUUUAAAGAACAUAUCCAGGAAUCUUGGUGAAUAAGAUUUGCUUCAAUGGUCUGAAUAACCCUUCCCCCCCCCCUUUUUUUUAGUUGCCAUUUUGGGAAUAAUAGCAGGUGUGUGGAGACCAUUGGGAUGCACUUAUGUUUUUAUUUAAUUACUGCUUGUUUUCUAGUUCUGCCCAGAAUGUGUGAAACCACUAAAACCAUUUUAGAAUAUAUUGGGCUACUGGAUUGGAAAUGGCAAGACCUACCAUUCAUGGUGGUCAAUCAGCCCAUGAUGCUUGUUGCUGAACUGCCUUUCCUUGGACUAGUUAAAAUACGUAAGGAUGAAAAUCUGUCGUUAAAAGGCUUAAAAUCUGGUUCCAAAGGAUUCAUUUCGUUUUAUAGCGAUGUUUACUCAUAAGCUCCAGCUCCCAGGCUCAGACAGUAGAUACAGUCUUAGAAAUGAUCCUGGACUGCCCUGCUUUAGUUGUGCCCAGGGUCUGCAUUGUAACUGCUGUCCUGGUUUUGCUGGGCUUACACCACUGCCGUUUGAUUUGAAUGUCGAGGGUCACUUUAUCUGCAGUGCGUUCCAGCUUUUAUCAGCUACCUAUUAGCGGCUUCAGCACGGUGUGAAUUCCAGUUUUUUAAAGUGCCAUCGCCAUCUCCUCUGUUCAGAUUUUGACAUUCAGGAAAAUAUUCUUAUUUUUAUGCCAUACUGAAAUAUACAGUGUAUAUCUGACAAAGCAGUUAAAUGUGACAAUAAAAACUUAUUUAAUCAUGA